AUGGCUUCAUCUGAUGAGAUGGUGAAUGUGUCAGAAGAAUGUCGAGUGUCUCCACCUCCCAACGCUGUGAGUGAGAAGUCUCUCCCACUCACUUUCUUUGAUUUGAUAUGGCUACAUUUCCAUCUAGCCCAAAGCCUCUUCUUUUACAAAUUCCCUCAUUCUAAGACCCAGUUCAUAGAGACCCCCAUCCCUUCCCUUAAACACUCACUCUCCCUCGCUCUCAGGCACUUUUAUCCCUUUGAAGGAAAUUUACUAUUUCCUCCAAAUCUUAGAGAGCCUGAAAUUCAUUAUGUGGAUGGUGAUUCAGUUUCAAUGACCUUUGCUGAGUUUAAUAGAGAUUUUGCUUACCUUAUCAAAAACCACCAACGAAAAGUUGCUCACUUUUAUCCUCUUCUACCCCAAUUGCCACCAGUGUGUGUAAAGCGUGACACCCUAGUUGCAUCUGUUUUCCAACUCUGGAAUUUCUUUUGGGUUCACCUUAGAGAGCCCUUGAUGUUAGAGGGUGCAAUCCUUCCAUUCUAUGAUAGGACCAUGGUAAAAGACCCGAACAAGCUAGGUUCAGUUUUUUGGCAACAUCACCAGAAAAUUAAAUUUGAAGGUUAUCGACCACUGCUCCCUACCAGCAACAUCCUGGCUGCAAUUUUACUAAGUCAAGUCGAUCUUCAGCGACUCAAAAAGGGUUUUGGUUCAAUGUCCAACGUUGUUACAUGUCUCAAGUUUUACAGUAGCAUGUGCUUACACAUGGGCUUGCAUGUCAAAGCUCGAGCUUGUAGUGGUGAGGAACAUGCAAAGAGUAUGCAACUAAUAGAUGAAGAUGGUUUUAUAAUUGCAGCCAAUCUUAUAGGAGAAGCAAUUCAGGAAAAGCUUGGGAGCAAUAAGGGAGUUUUGGAAGGUUUAGAUAAAUGGGUCGUGAAUUUUUCAUCUAUAAACAUAAAGCGAGCUGUAGGAGUUGCUGGGUCACCAGGGUUUGCAGUUUAUGGCAUAGAUUUUGGAUUGGGACAACUACAAAAGAGAGAGUCGAUAUCAAUAGAUGAAACAAGGUGCAUAUCACUUCAUGAAGGCAAAGAUAACAAAGGCGAUAUCGAAGUUGGUUUGUCAUUCCCCAAGAUUAAAAUGAAUGCUUUUGCCUCUAUCUUUACUGAUGGCCUCAUGGUCUAUGAUUAGAAAAAGGAAACAUGUUUAUGUGGAAACACGUUUCUUCAUAAACUUGUUGUGAAUUUCUCUGUAAUCUGCAUUCGAUUUUAUUACUAUUCGGAACAAAUCUUUUACUGGUUGUUGCUGUGUGACUUACAUUUGGCAAGUUAAUGGUAUCAAAGGUGAAGGAUGGCAA